AAAUAAUAUGUUUUCGCCUCCUGUCCUCUCUAGAUAUGUGCGGCGGUGUCCUGACUGGACUGUCGGGUGUUAUCUCCAGCCCCGGCUACCCUCAGGAGUACAGCAACAACGCCGACUGCUCUUGGGCCAUCCACGUGUCCAACACAAGCGUGGUCACCUUGACCUUCUUGGACUUUCAGCUGGAAAACAACGAAGGAUGCAAUUUUGAUUUUGUCGCCCUGUUCGACGGCCCGACAGUCACCCACCGCCACCUUGGCAAACACUGCGGGGCAGAUAAGCCGCCCAACGUAGUCACCACUUCCAACCAGCUUCUGGUAGUCUUCAAGUCUGACUUCAACAUCGGAGGACGGGGGUUCAAAGCCUAUUAUUACUCAGGCGAAUGCCAGCAGGUCCUAUCAGCUGUAAGCGGCAACUUCAGCAGUCCACAUUUCCCCAACAUCUACCCAAACAACAUCAACUGCCACUGGAGCAUCAGUCUAGCAGCUGGAUACCGCAUUAAACUCUUCUUCCCCAUAAUGGACCUGGAGGACCGCAACAGUCUGUCAGACGAGUGCGAUUACGACUCUGUCGCCGUGUAUGACGGGGACAGCCAGACGGACCGCCUGCUCGGACGCUGGUGUGGCCGAGAACAACCUCCCUUUCUCGUCUCCAAGGCCAACAAGUUGCUGGUGGUACUGAGCACGGACAGAAAUGAAGCUCACAGAGGAUUCACCGCAUCGUAUCUUGGAGUGGUGCCCGUGAACAUCAGCUGCACAAGAUCAGAGUUCACCAUCCUGAUACCUCAGCAGUCCUUACCCCAGCUGGACCGGGAGAGAAUCUACCUGGGGAACCCAAGCUGCACCGCACAGCUGACGGCCACCUCCUAUAAGAUACUCGCUCAGUUUGUCAACUGCGGCACUGCCAGCCAGAAACAUCGGAACAUCACCAUGCUCGUAAACAAACUCUACAUUGAUUUCUCCGAUGGGAAGCAGCUAAACGUGCAAGAAUACAAAGUGCAGUGCGACGCCCUGCGGAAAAUAGCGUCGGUGUCCAUCAUUUCGGCGGAAGAGAGGCGUCUGGAGGAGCUGGCCCUGCAGACGGACGUCGUCAGCGGCGGCAGCGCCGGGGAACCAGAAGCUGAGCCUCAUGACUUCAGCGAUAUUGUCUUCAUCAGCAUUUGUGUUCUGGCUGUCAUUCUCAUGGUCAUAGCUAUUAUUUGGCUGGUUCUUCUUUAGUAAUGUGGUUUUAUCCAUUGGAAGAAAGGACUCAAACACUGAAGUUGUCUUAUUUGAAAUCAUAUUUUUGUAUAAAAAAA